AUGGGAAGACCGUUUCACACAGCAAUCAAAAUUGGGGAAAUGGUCGAAAGUGGUCUCAAAACAGGAAGGAUCGUGAGCCAGGCAGCAAUCAAAGCUACCACACAGGCCAUUCAAGGUGGUUCAACAAGUUUUGGAAAUCGUAAAAGGAAAGAGGAAGUUAUUUCACUGGCCUCAGGGUCAAGAGGAGCUCAGAGAAAGUCUGAUUGUCCCUACACAUCAGUUCAGGGACAACUUAGCUAUCCUCAGCAUUACUACCCUUAUGCUCCUCAAUAUCCAGUAUCUCCAUCUCCGUACACGGUCUUAAAUGCUCAGUCAUAUGUGCAUCCUCCCAAUCGCCCACCUUUUCGGGCCCCAUCUCAAGGAAACUUUCGCCCACAACGGCCACCCUAUCAGGUCCCUUACAACUCUCCUCUUAUGCGGAAUUAUGCUCAAGAUCAAGCACUGAAAAAGAAAUUCACUCCAUUGGGGGAGUCGUACUCCAGCUUGUUUCAAAAGUUAAGAAAUAUAGGAGCGAUUGAGUGUAUCCCACCACAUCGUCUGAAUCUAAAUGCUCCAGGCUUCCAAGCCAAUGAAAGAUGUGAAUAUCAUUCAGGAGACCCAGGACAUAGCAUUGAUAAUUGUUGGACCUUGAAGGGAGCAAUAGAGAAGCUGAUCGAGCAUGGAGUUGUUGUUGUGACAGAUGAUCAAAACACUCCCAAUGUGACCAAUAACCCACUUCCAGCUGAAAAAAACUUAGUGGGUAUAAUUUGUGAUGAUCAAGAGUACAAACUCCUCAGCAAAAUGGGAAAGUUGUUUAGGAAGAUUGGAGAAGAAGACAGGUCAAUGAAGAGUUUAGAACUAGUUGCAUCUCUGAGUGCGGAAGGUGUCAAUCUUGACACCAAAGUCUUGUGCGUCCCGGGGGUUUCAAAGGGGAUUGAAGUUCGAGCAACUAUGCCAAAGUUGUAUGUAUCAAGCGGCUUUUCAUUAACACAGCAUGAUCAAAGUGGCUUGACCAAGUUGAAAGAGCCUAUUUUUGUUAAGAUCGUUCAACAGCUUCCAAUAAUUGAUUCAAAGGUUGUCCCUUGGAACUAUAACAAAGCCGCAGUGUUUUAUCAAGGAAAGGAGAUUGUCGAAGAAGUUGAUGAAGCGGGAGGUUUGACACGCUCUGGAAGAUGUUAUUCUCCAAAAGAAUUAAGAAAAGGUAAGAUGACUGAAAAUAUCCAAGUACCACUAAAGAAAGCAGUUACUGAAGAAGAAAAUGUAGAAUUUCUAAAAAAGCUUAAGGUUCCAGAUUACUCUGUCGUGGAACAAUUGAAGAAGACGCCUGCACAGAUUUCACUGUUGUCUCUACUUUUGCACUCAGAAGAACAUCGUCUUGUGUAG